AUGAUGAACCGAUUCCGGAAAAAUAAGAAGGUCAAGGAAAACAAGGAGACGUUGGACGAGUUGGAAAAUGGCCCAUCCACUUCCCCCUUCAGCUUGAAGCUGUCGAAAAAGAAAGAUGCCGCGGAGGAACAAAAAAUACUCGAUCUUGCCGAUGUCCUCCCUCCCUCGGAUGAUUUCCGCACUAGUUUGCUGAUGCCGAAACUAUCAGCUCGAUUUAGUAUGCUGAGAGAACAAGAUGAUCCCGCCUCAAAGAUUGGCAAGGCCAGUGACGAUAGUGUACUGUUUCCGAAGCGGGCAUCCCGAUUGAAUCUUUUUGGACACAGCCCAGCAAUGCUAGCAGAUAUCGACGAAGUUUCCUCCAAUGAUGGCAGCCGACCUUCCCUCGCCUUGGGCCGUACCGACUCGUAUGCUUCUGGUGGUGAUGGAGGAUAUGGAACCGAUGAUGAUCGAUCGCAUGGGAGCAUUAUGAGCCGAGCUCGUCGAGCUGAAGGAAAUAAUUUGUUUGGCGGCCGACAAAAGGUGUACCGAAUCCCUGCCCGCUCUCCAGGAGCAUCCUCGCCCGCUACUGAGAGUCCACGAGGAAUGGGCAGAGUAGUAUACGAUCACGAUCUGAAUAUGUCGGCUUUUCAACGCAUGAGACACCAGGAGAGACAAGAACGGUCCGACGACUUAGGCCAUGAGAUCGCAACUCGUGACUCGGAAGAUGCUCCUUCUAUCUCCGCAAAUCGUGGUACCUUUUCAUCGACAUCAUCCGGGCAUGCCUCCAAUGCUCGCUCCUCGACCGCAGCAACUUCUAUCGAUGAGUUCCAGUUCAAUGUAUCUCAGCCAGAACCACAGUCCUCGAUUGCAGUUCCAGUCCUGGACUCUCCUGUCGAGGGUCGUCCUUUCUCUACUGCGUUGAAUGGUCGGCCUGGCUCGGUUCGAUCUCGACGUUUAUAUGGCCAAGGUUUGACACAGAACGUGCAAAACCACCAAAAUUCAACACUGAAUCGAUUGGAAAGCUUAAGUCGUCAUCGUUCCGGAACUCCUGAUCUUUUGAAUCGUAGCUACUCUCGGAGUGCGACCAACCUUCGAGAUCGACUGCAGAAGCUUUCUAUCGUCGAGCCCAAUGGUCCUCGGCCUGCCAGCCCGCCAACAUCUGCUACUUCACCGAAGCAGUUGCCUCCCCUAGACACAAACCCCAGAGACCGUAUUUCUCCAACGGCUGCCGCCUUUAGCGCAUCCCCUUUGAGUCCUCCGGCUAGUGAGAAUGAGGAUGGAAAUUCAUUGCUCGCGGCAGCACUCAACCCAGAAGAUCAUGGAAAAGCCACCGCUAUGGGUCUUUUCAACAGACCCGCCACAGGCUUCGAUGAACAGCAGUUCGUUCGCCGUCAGCUGCAGUUGCACCAGGGACGGGAUACCCCACCCCCUCUUCAGCCGUCUUCUCCACGUCGUGUAAUGUCGCACGACCAGCCAGCUUGUGCACGUGGUCUUUCUAAAUCCAGCUACCGAUCCAGAGCUGAGUCGGCUUCAUCACAUUACAGCAGCGAUGCAAACCAUGGAGUGGAUUACUCUCGAGCAUCCAGUGUAGAAACAUCUCCUCGUGUUCCUGGUGUGAGAGGUUACUAUGCCCCGUCUACGAACAGUGAUUCCGGUGAUGAAGGAGAGGACCGUCGUUCCUACGAAAUAUCUUCCAUGACAUCCAUGACCACAGACCAGGGUCAUUCUCUUCAUCGCUCUAGCAUUGCGUCUAAACCGUCUACCCCCACUGGGGAACAACUUGAGACCUUGCCUGAGGUUAGAUACUCAGAUCUUGGCGAUCUCAAGCCAAUCGAAGAAGAUGUGAUUCCCGAGGAGGCCCACUCAGCUUCCGAAGCGUAUUCGAUGAUGCCAGAAAGACCGGAUUCUCCUACCAUCCAAGUCCCUGGCAUUGGCCUUGAUAGUAUUCGAUCUCAUCUGCGCUCUGUCAGCGAACGAUCGACUGCCUUCUCUCCCCCUUCGCCCACAUUACCUGUGGCUGUGAUUGAGCCUAAGAAGCUCGAACCAGAAGUAUCUGUCGUCGAGGUCCAGCCCAGUCCUGUACUGGAAGAACGCCUCCGUGUGAACAGCAUUGUUGAGUCCAUUGAGGCGGAGACCUCCAGCAACCGAAAUUCAUCCCGCCAGUCCGCGGGAGAGACUACCAGUCGGGGCAGUGAAGAUUCAUCCGAUGCGGGACCAUCUUGGCAACGAGAGUUGGAUUAUCACCACCACCGACGCGAUGGCAGCACUGAAACCCAGAAGGAACAAGAAGAGUUUGCGAUGGAGAUUGCUGAACGCCGCCGAAAAAUCCAGGAGAAGCUCCGAAGUGUUGCAGAGAGCGAGAGCCGCUGCAGCAGCCCGACUCCUAGUUUGCACAAUGUUGACGGCCCUAAUGUCAAGGCUGGUAAUGCUUUCUCUAUUCUGAAACAUAUGACUGGCAAGCAAAGCACGCCAAAGAACGACCUGUAUGGUUACAAUAGUUCUUCCACCCCGUCUCUCAUCCCUGAUGACAUGGCGCGCGAGGAACGACCGUCUCUGUUCAGCCGGCACUCCAACUCUAACGUUCCCCAAAUUCCCACUGAGCGGUCCCUUCGAUCCCGUAUGCCCACCCUCAGUCGUAGCGCAUCACGAGAGUCAAGCCGAAGCCGAGCCACGUCUCCGCAGCCCGGCUUCCGGGCACCUCGAGAUCGCUCCAGCUCUGAUGCUUCCGGCCGAUCUAAGAGUCGCACUCGGUACCGUGAGCGCGACGAUCUCGAAACUGUAGAGGAAGGAGCCGUCAUUGCUCAUGAGAAUUUUGUUAUCCCCGACAACUUCGAGCCCCCUGUGCCUGGCUCCAUUCCAAGCUCCGCUCGGCCAUCCAUGGAUGGCAUUGAUUCUUUCCCAUACGACCGUUCGACAUCAGCCGCCUCGGGCAGAUACCGAAGCGCUAGCAGAUCUGGAACCCCAAGUUUCCAUUACGAGCGACCUUUCCAAUUUAGUCCGGCGCCUAACCCAGUUUCGAUGAUCGGUGCUACACCACGCCCUUCUCCUGCCACUCCCGCCUACUCUGCAAAUGCAACACCCCCUUUGAAUGAGAUUGCCCCAGAUCAAUCAUCGACCAAUCCUGCCUCUGUGUCUGCAUCUCAAGCACUACCCCAACGUGCUCCGGGCCACAACAUGCUGCAGAAGCGCCCAGUGAACAAGAAGCUCAUCUCCGAGCCCACCUUGGUAUCUUGUACUUCAAAUGUCCCCACUGUUGGCCUUCCAGGUGGCGCUGCUCCACCAUUGCCUCCUAUGAACCCUCGUCGUCGUCGUGGUACCCAAACUAUUCUGUCUGCUUUUAAGCCGGAAUCUCGAGUUUCAUCCCCCGCUCCAAGCGUUUCAGAUGAACAUAGUGUGUUCCCCGACGAUGAGAAGCACCCUCAAUCCCGCAGCCGUCUGCGCAAGAAGUCUAUUGAAGGACAGGAGGCAAUGCUCAGUCCUGCUCCAGCAAUCCCACAAUAUCCUCCACCGGCAAUCCCGGUUGAUGGGGGCAUGUUCUAA